GAACAAAGCUUGUGUCGCGCAGCCUUGCUAUCACAUUAGUAGGGAUAUUUAACACCAGGCCUAUGGAAUAGACCAUGCUAUUAGAGGAAUAUCAUUCUGUGCCUCCCUCGAAUCUCCCUUAGACCUCCAGCUACCGAAGCUCAACCCAAAAACUCUUGUCCCGAUCCGUCGCCACAGUCAGUAAUAUGCCAGCCAUUCGUCACGCGUCGAAGAGGAAACCUCCUCCAGAGGGGUUCAGCGACAUCGAGGAUGACCUUCUCAUCUUUGCCAACAAGAUGAAAGACGCGCAAAACACACCUACAGACAACAUUCCCAAACAUAAGGCGCAAUGGCCGAUAUUUCAAAUCGCCCACCAGAGGAGUCGAUACGUCUACGAGCUUUACUACGAGAAGGAGGCCAUAUCGAAGCAGUUGUACGACUGGCUGCUGAAGAAUGGAUAUGCAGAUCCCAUGUUGAUCGCAAAAUGGAAGAAGCAGGGCUACGAAAAGCUAUGCUGCCUUAGAUGCGUGCAGACCAAGGAGACCAACUUCAGCUCCACAUGUAUCUGCAGGGUACCAAAGGCGCAACUGAAGGAAGAGAGGGAUAUUGAGUGUGUCAACUGUGGUUGUCAUGGCUGUGCAUCCAGUGACUGAGUGAGGAUUUUACUAUAUUCGACUUCAGUGACACUGAUGCAUGCUAAGCUAUCCAUUGGGAGGGAAGCCAGUGUGUCGCAGUUGGGGAGGCGAGAGCAGAUCGACCCAGGCUCGAGCGCUUCCACGACCCGACUACUGGAAAAGAAAACGAAAUAUGCACGAUUAUGGCGUACGUCUCAUGGACCCGUGGCUUGUUAAUUACAAAGACUAAUACAAAUGGAUUACCAGCCAGCUCUCAGACUGUCGAAUUGUCGGUAUGCGGUGGUGCCGUUGUGAUUUGUGGUUCUAUACAGGUGGUGGUCUAGGACUAGGCGAUCUCGUGAAGCCCCUGCGACCUGAUCGGCCAAACAUGAUCGAUCUGGGGACAAGUUUCAGCGCUGACAUGCUGCCUGUCAGGGAUGCGGCGUCGUUCAUUUCGAUAUCUUUCUCGGCCGGUUGCGUCUCUACCGGCUCUAGGACCGCAACUCCCUCUGCAACAUUCGCGGCCAUUAUCUGGUUGUUGUGGUCAUCAAACUGCUUUUCUGAUUCCAAGGUUGCACCACUUUGCAGUUCCUGUCUGUCGGAUUUUGGCUUUAGAUGACGCUGUUGUGCGUUGACAUCGCACAAAAGAGACUGUCUCCCAUCAAUGCCAUAUCUGACGACAUCAAAAAAGAAGUUCGGCGGGUACAUAUGCUUAUCUAUGAGAUGCCGACGCCGCUUGGACGGGUCUCUGCACUUUCUGUCGCAACCUUCGACGAAGCAUGAGUACUAAAAAGCGACUGUCAGAUUGUCUCCAGUAUUGGCUCAUGGUAGUGGGGAUGAGUAUGGAAACGAACUGUGUGUUGUCCCUUGUCCCUUCUAGCAGUCAGGAAAGCGUCAUGGCAUUCUUCGAUGUGGACGCUGAGUAGGUGGUCUGAAGGGAGAUUCUUCCUGCACUCAUGGCAGCGAUUCACGUGCUGCUUGUUGUAAUGUGCGUGAUAAUCAUCGUAAUCACGAAACACCACCGGUUGGGGAUGGAGUGUGCAUCGAAACGGGCUGGCUGUGCCGCCUUCUCCGCCGCAAUCCAGCUCCCGGAUCUUGGGGCUAGGGGCGUCGAGUUCUCUGUUAUGAGGCUCCGGAGUUGCUGUGUUGAAAGUCGAGCCUUCGGGCUCACGUGAGCGUUUCAUAGCUUUAGUCAACUCUGUGGCCUGAUAAAGACGUACUAUGUGGGCCCCGAUUGUUGCUGUGGUCAGCUGGUAAUGGCGGAAAGUUGAACACGGGUGUUGUUUGUUUGUUUGUUUGUUUGUUGAUGUGUAUACUCUGUGCGCAACAAGUGACUAACCAGGAACCGAAGCGCCCUCGAAAAGGCUAAUGCAUGCGCUGCCAAAGUUUACAAAUGGGAAUUCUGUACAGUAAUGUGCCAAAGUGGGACAGAUUCGAAGAUCCAGGAUGAUCUGAAAUUGCCAACAAAGUCUUGCAUGGGCAAGCUGGGGUAGAUAAAAUCUUAGGAUAGGAUGAAUAUUCCGAUGACUGUUGGGUCGGUU